AUGGACACUGAGCACACCAGCCGAGAAUUCACGCAUGAGAGAAAGAUGGAGGUUAUUAAGCGACUCCAACAAUGCAUCAACUUGAGCAAGCUUUCCCGCGGUGACAUCAAAUUGACGGCUGUCGCCAUGGGAACAAGCCGCAACACUGUGACCAAUCUUUGGAAGGACUUCAAACUCACCAGUACGAUUCGCUCCGGUAAGAUUGGUCGUGUCGGCCGUAAACCUACGUACACGCAAGCUGAGAUCACCGACCUCGUGCGUAUGGUACCAGAGGGUCAGCGCUCUACGAUGCGCGACAUUGCCGAGGCCACUGGCAUCCCCCUUACCCCGCUCCACCGCAGCCUCAAGCAAGGAACGUUUGAACGCCGGUCCUCGCGCUUGAAGCCGCUUCUGACCGAUGCCAACGCGCAGCAACACAAGGACCGCCGCAAGGUGUACCUGACCAAAGGCGAGACUGUUAGUCGUCGGGUGUGCAAGAGCAAGCGCUUCAUUUCGAAAGUCAUAUUCUUGGUGGCGGUAGCGCGCCCUAGAAUGGAUGAAGAUCGUGGUGUCAUGUUCGACGGGAAGAUUGGGAUGUGGCCGGUGGUCAAGUACCUUCCCGCAGCGCGCAGCUCUCGCAAUCGGCCUGCCGGUACCUUGGUCACUACGUUGUUCAAUGUCAACGCAGUGGUGUGUCGUGCCUACGUCAUCUCACGUGUCAUACCUGCCAUCAAGGCCAAGUUCCCAAGGCGCAACAAGCAUGUUGUUCUUCAUCAUGACAACGCCACACCGCACGCUGCCAUCACGGACGAGCUCCUUGCGACCGUUUUCACCGACGGGUGGACGUUUGUCGUCUGGUGCCAGCCACCGAACAGCCCGGAUCUCAACGUGCUCGACUUGGGCUUCUUCGCAUCCAUCCAGUCCCUACAAUACAAGUCGGUGAGUCGUACAGUUGAUGACAUCAUUGGUGCAACGUUCCGCUUUCGACACAACGGGGACAACCAGUUUCGCCUUCCCCACUUGGGUAAGGACGCUUUGAGACGCACGGGUGCUUUGAUGGCAAAUGUGUCCUGCCCUGUGGCGCUGUUGGUCUAG